CCCAAAUUGAAAUGAAAUAUGAUGAUGAGUAUUGAGGACCACCUCUUCCGAUGCAUCAAAUUGUGCGCUAACCUUACAAGCCCCACUUUUCUCAACAGUAUGCCGACAAACAUUAGCAACCAUGUUACCCUUCCGAGGAAAAUUCCAUACUGUCACUCUGAGUUAAGGCCCCUCACAUACAAAUCUAUCUACACAAUUCUUCACUUCAAUUAUUAUGUAAAAGCAACCAUAGACAUCCACUCAUAAAAAAUAAAUGAAACAAAUCACACGCAGUCAAGAAUACACACCUCUUUUUUAUUAAUAAUUAAUUCACACUUCACUCAAUUAUAUUUUAGUAUUAUUUUAUAGUGUUUAAAUGGUUUCCCUCCUCCGAAGAUGCCUCCUCAGAAUACAGACCUCCAAUUUUCCAUCUCAAGGUGGUUUGGACUUCGCCGGCGAGAUUCAGUCCGGCCGGACAACGGCGUCGACGGCGAUGACAAUCAGUUCUCGUUCUCGGGCGGCGAGUGCCACGUGUGCACCCAGGUGGGCGUCCCGGUCUUCCACUCCACCAGCUGUGACAACACCGACCAGCCGGAGUGGGAGGCCUCGGCGGGCUCGUCCCUUCUCCCCAUAAAGAACCGGAUCGGGCGCCCAAAGGCCGGAUCCGGCGGCGACGGGCGGCGGCCGCCGAUCCUGGACCCGCGGACGAAGCGCGUGCAGAGGUGGAACCGCGCGUUCCUGCUGGCGCGUGGGAUGGCGCUGGCGGUGGAUCCCCUCUUCUUCUACGCGCUGUCGAUCGGGCGAGGCGGGUCGCCGUGCCUGUACAUGGACGGCGGGCUGGCGGCGGUGGUGACGGUGCUCCGGACGUGCCUGGAUGCGGUGCACCUGUGCCACCUGUGGCUACAGUUCAAGCUGGCUUACGUGUCCAGAGAAUCGCUGGUCGUGGGCUGCGGGAAGCUGGUGUGGGACCCACGCGCCAUCGCGGCCCAUUACCUGCGCUCGGUGAAGGGCUUCUGGUUUGAUGUCUUCGUCAUUCUCCCCGUCCCUCAGGCUGUGUUUUGGUUAAUAUUGCCAAAAUUGAUAAGGGAGGAACAAAUAAAGCUUAUAAUGACAAUUUUACUGAUAAUCUUCAUGUUCCAAUUCCUACCAAAGGUCUAUCACAGCAUAUACCUAAUGAGAAGAAUGCAAAAGGUGACCGGUUAUAUAUUCGGCACCAUUUGGUGGGGUUUUGGCCUUAAUCUCAUCGCCUACUUCAUAGCUUCCCAUGUUGCUGGUGGAUGCUGGUACGUUCUUGCAAUACAGCGUGUGGCUUCUUGUCUGAAACAACAAUGCGCCUUAAAUGGUAGUUGUAACUUGUCUCUUUCGUGCUCUGAGGAGGUCUGCUAUCAGUUUCUUUUGCCAUCCGACACUUUGGGCAACCCGUGUGGCGGGAACUCGACUGUUUUGGUCAGAAAGCCGAUGUGUCUGGACGUUAACGGCCCUUUCCGUUAUGGAAUAUACAAAUGGGCUUUGCCUGUUGUGUCGAGCAACUCUGUGGCCGUCAAGAUUCUCUAUCCGAUUUUCUGGGGAUUGAUGACCCUAAGCACCUUUGGCAAUGACUUGGAACCGACGAGUAACUGGUUGGAAGUAAUGUUUAGUAUAUCGACGGUGCUGAGUGGUCUACUAUUGUUCACUCUGUUAAUCGGUGUUUCUGCAUGCGGUGAUGGCCAAGAAAAGGAAAAUGCAACUGAGAAUCCGAGACAUGGAGUGGUGGAUGAAACGAAGACAGCUUCCUUCACAACUGAGGCACAGAAAGCCGACCGUCGCCUCCUCAGCGGCAGAGCACCGCCGCCGCGAUUCUGCAAACCGCCGCAACGCCUUCACAGCCCAUCGCCGGAGACGGACGCGACCAAGGAUGCUCCGGCAGAAACCAACCAUCGUCUGUGUAGAUCCGCCGUUGUCACAGAUGCAUCUAUACCCUCCGCCGGCGUCGGAGUCUGCUCGAGCCCCCAACAAUUAAAUCCACCACCGCCGACACAAGUCCUCCGCCACGGCGACACCAGUCCGGUGAGAGAUGGAGAAGGGAUUGUAAUUUGGGGCCUAUUCGGCCAUAGUCCGACGGGUCAUGACCGGCGGCUGCUGGUGGUUGCCGUCGUCACGGGUGGUGUUGUGCUGAGAAGGCAGGCGGCGGCUCGACAACGGUUCAGACGACCGGAUCUGGCUGUGUAUUGGGGGGAUAUUUAG